AUCAGAAGGUAAGUCCGUGACAUAGCCUAAUGGGAAGAUAACGACCCUCUUCAUGUACUGCGUUAGGUACUCUAGAGCUAGAUGGCCACACCCCUGAGCUGCGGAACGAUGGAUAGAAUCUCUGGUCGACUAUCUCAGCUCGAUAACCUUUACUUUCCAAUCGCUGCCAAGUCGUCGGCCGCCACGCCAUCCUGUCGGAAGUCCCUCCUGCUUGACCUUCUUUCUCGCGACGUCCCUAUUUUCUUAGAGCGCUACGGAUCACUUUUGACAAAGGACGAACUUGGAGAGUUUGAUGUAUUAAAGGAUGAUUAUGAAGUUAAUUGGCACCUACAUCAUCUUCUUAGCCUUAUCAGCCCGACUGAAUCAGAAUUGAAGUCCAGAUCAGUUAAGGUCAAGAACCGGAGGAGGGCAUAUAUGGACAAGUUGGUUAGUGGAGGACAGUACUUCUCGGAGGAUGCAAUGAGGGAAAGGGAGCCGUAUUUGCACCAUGAAUAUAUCGGGAAGUUUCAGGAUCCGAUUGGGAGGAGCAUGGCGAGGCCUGGGGAGCGAUGGUCGGAGACACUGAUGAGGCUAUCAGAAGAGUCAAUGUUGGUGGAGAAAAUCAGGAAUGAGCAGAAGAAGCGAGGUGUGGCUCAAAGUGAUUGGAUAGGGUUUGGAAGGGAUGCACUUGAAGAAGAGGAAUAUGGAGGAAAUGAAGAAGAAGAAGAAGAAGAAGAAGAAGAAAAAGAAGAGGAGGAGGAGGAGGAAUUUGAAGAAGAGAAAGUGGAAAAGGGUGAAAAUAACACUACGACAGAUGGGCAAGAGAUACACACAAACACAAAUGAUAGGAGUAGCAACCUCCUCUUGCCUGCACCCAUGAAAGCGGUUGAGGUGGAGAGCGUGUCAUCUGAGGAUAUGCAAGAUCGAAUGGACCAGUUUACAUACAUCAUGCAACACAAAUUUUUGUUAGGGGAAGAUAGCUUUGAUUACUCAAAAAUUGAUGAGGAUGAAAGCUUGGAUGAUCAUUGGAUAAAGGAGGCCAAUUAUGAUGCUGAAGAAAAGUACUUCGAUGAUGACUGAAAGGUCGGUUUGUUCCGACUUCAAAUUCAGUUUCGUUGUAUUUUAUGAAGAUGCCAACUGUGAGCAUGCGUUCCGCUCCCAAUCUGUGCUGCUGUUUGCUUUUCUUAGGACAUGGUCUUUUAUAUAUUGUAAAUGAAAUAGUUGGAAUUCUCGUGUGCUUCUUCGAAUCAAUCCUUUUUUCAAGGAUGGAACACCCCCUGCUCCCCACACUCUCUUACCUUCAAAGAAUCAAGUAGUACUGAUUGAUUGCAAGACACACCAUGGGCGAAUAGACCCAAAUCACCCAAUCACUUUCGAAUUCUGUUUUGUUCAUCCCGUCCCCAUUAGGAGGGUGAACUUGAGCCUUUUUGGGUAGCGACUGCAUGUACACAUGAUUGUUCGAUAAAUUUCAUAUGUAUAGAAGAAAUCUAACUGUUAUUCAGAUAUAGGUUUUUGUGUGUGUACAAUAUAUAUCAAAUUAAAAGUUUUUAUGAUAUUUUAAGUUUUAAAC